UGCUCUGAUUGGCCAAUAAACUGGCAGCAUCCAGAACGCAGGGAAGUCACGCACGCUGCUGACGUCAAUGAAGUCAGCCAGACGGAAGGAAAAUGGCGACCGUCUACGAGAGAUACAAUCUGCACACGACCCCUGAGAAGUUCUUCAUCGAGGCCUGUGAUGAUGGAGCCGAUGCUGUGCUGGCAAUCGACAGGGUUUCAAAUGAGAUGGCCCUCGCAGGUAAAAAGGAUGUCCCCCCCUCAGCCGUCACCAGGCCCAUCUGUGGCGUCAUGGGAACUAUCCGCCUGGUGGCAGGGAUGUACCUGAUCGUGAUCACCAGGAAGAGGAAUGUGGGCAGCCUCAUGGGCCAUGCCGUGUGGAAGGCUGUGGAUUUUGACAUCAUCUCAUAUAAGAAGACUAUGCUGCACCUGUCAGAGAUACAGUCCCAGGAGAAUAAGACCUUCCUGUCUAUGAUCAACAACGUGUUAACCACAGAUGGCUUCUACUUCUGCACGGACUUUGACCUGACUCACACGCUGCAGCGACUGGCCAACACCAGCCCGGACUUCCAUGAGAUUAGUCUCCUAGAGAGGGCAGAUCAGAGGUUUGUGUGGAAUGGGAACCUACUGAGAGAGCUGGCCGGGCAGCCAGAGCUCCACAGGUUUGCUCUGCCUGUUGUUCACGGAUUCAUUGUGAUUAAGCCAUGUCGUAUAAAUGGGAAGAUCUUUGAGUGGAUACUCAUCUCCAGGAGAAGCUGCUUCCGGGCAGGUGUCCGAUACUAUGUCAGAGGCAUCGACUCUGAAGGCCAUGCAGCUAACUUUGUGGAGACUGAGCAGAUAGUUUUGUAUGAAGGAGCCAAAGCUUCUUUUGUUCAGACUCGAGGCUCAAUGCCGUUCUACUGGAGUCAAAGGCCAAACCUCAAAUACAAGCCCAAGCCUGUCAUCAGUAAAAGCAUGAAUCACAUGGAUGGUUUCCAGAGUCAUUUUGACUCCCAGAUCCUGAUUUAUGGAAAGCAAACGGUUCUUAACCUGGUGAAUCAGAAGGGCUCGGAGAAGCCCCUGGAGGAAGCUUUUGCCAAGAUGGCUUCUGGAUUGAACAAUGGUUUUCUUAAUUAUCUGGCCUUUGACUUUCACAAGGAGUGCAGCAACAUGAGGUGGGACCGUCUGCAGAUCUUAGUGGAUGCCGUCGCAGAGACUCAGGAGGAAUACGGUUACUUCAUGGUGUACAAGGAGGGGAAGAUCGUGAGCCAGCAGAAAGGAGUAUUCCGCAGUAACUGCAUGGACUGCCUGGACAGGACCAACGUGAUCCAGAGCCUGUUAGCCCGGCGCUCUCUGCAAUCCCAGCUGCAGAGGAUGGGAGUCCUAAAUGUGGGUCAGCGCCUUGAAGAGCAGAUAGAGUUUGAGAAGAUUUACAAAAACGCAUGGGCUGACAAUGCUAAUGCAUGUGCUGUCCAGUAUGCUGGAACUGGAGCACUAAAAACCGACUUCACAAGGACCGGGAAGAGGACCAGGUGGGGUUUGGUGAUGGACGGAUGGAACUCCAUGAUCCGCUACUACAAAAACAACUUCUCAGAUGGAUUCAGACAGGAUGCCAUCGACCUUUUUCUGGGUAACUUUGCUGUUGAUGAUUCAGACGGACCCACUCCUCUUCGUGUUCACAAAGACUGGAAGUUCCUAACGCUGCCCAUCGUCAUGCUGGUUGCGUUUUCCAUGUGCAUCGUUUGUCUCCUGAUGGCCGGGGACACGUGGACCGAGACCCUCGCUUACGUGAUGUUCUGGGGAGCCGCCAGCGCCAUCACGGCCACCAUCAUCCUAUUCAACGGCCAGGACUUUGUUGAUGCUCCAAAACUGGUUCACAAGGAGAAGAUGGACUGAGUCUGUGUGUGUGUGUAGGUGUGUGUAGGCGUGUGUGUCCACACAUUAUCUCUUGUGGGUUUCCUGUCUCCUCCUGCAGAGUGGAUCUUCUGCCUUUGUCCUGCUCUGGUUUGUUUCUGAUCAGAAUAGCUCCGCCUACAACAGGUGUCAUGUUUUAGGUGUGUGCGUCCAUCAGGAUGCACAUUUAUGUGCACAAACACGCCCACUUGUGGCAACAUCAGCUUGUCAACAGACACAAACUAUCCAAUAUAAUGAUUUCAUAGUUAUAAUAUUGAUUAUGGCAUAAAUAUAAUGAGUCUGUACAGAAAUGAGAAAGUUCUGUUUGGGCCUUUCUCUGUUUUAAGUCAUACAUUUAGUUCAAAAUCUGUUUGCAGUGCUGAAUUGUUGCUCAGAGAUGUUGUCCUUAAUGAGAGCGCUACACACACACACACACACACAGGUUGAAUGUAAGAAGGUCUGGAUUUUAAAGCUCUAUGUGAGAAAUGUCUUCCUCUGAAACGAUCGUGGGACCUUGUAUCUUUUUUCCGUCGGAGGCUUUUUCUACCAUCUUUAUUUGCACUUUCUCUUCAUAUAAAAUGUGCCACUCGCUGUUAACCUUUGAUUUCUUUUGAUCUGGACGUUGCUACGUGGUUUGAGGCUUCGUUGGAUUAAAGACGAGAAGUGUGUCUUCCUACAUCUUCCAUGAAAAGCGAUCAGAGCAGCAGGGCUGAUCAGUGGAUUUGUGAGACCUCAAACCUUUAAUCAGCUGUUUCCCGUCAUUGUUGUGGAAAUAAAAACCGGAACAGGAAGCUUUAGAGUUUCAUAAUUAGAUGUUUUUCCAUUUCUGCGUCUGAUCCAUCCCAUUUGCAGCUUUAAGGCAUUGUUUUGCUCCUAAACGAGUAGAUCCAGCAGUGUGAACCCACCGGCAGCGAUUGCUGAGGGUUUGUGGCCUUUUGUCCCUCUCUGUGUUUUUGUUUCGUCUGUUAGCAGGUCACCAGAUGUUUUCUGGAUAUAUUUGAUCACCUGGGUGUGACUAUCUCCAGAAAACACAGAUCAAAGCGUCAGGUUGAGGAACACGGCUAAAUCUAAAUCUUUUCUGGGAUUUUAGUCUAUGGUCACUUUUGUGGAAAGGUUGUUGAUGAGGAGGUAAAGUGUGCAUAGUCGGAGUAAACAAACUGUGUACAUAACUUAUCUUAAUUAAAGAGAAAAACAAGCCA